GGGGCCGCGCAGACAGUCUCCCGCCGCCGCCGCUGCCGGAUCCGCAGAGCCAGGGGAGGCUGGGCCGACGGCUGCCGGCCGAGCGAACUCAGGGUCGCGGUACGGAGGGCGCCCCGGCCGGGACGCGGGUCGCGUCAGGGUACCUGGAGAGCGCCUGGCUGGCAGUCUGUCAGUGCCCGGACUGCAGAGCACCCCUGGACCCACCAUGACCGGGCUGCUGAAGAGGAAGUUUGACCAGUUGGAAGAGGAUGACUCCUCGCUCUGCUCAUCCUCAUCUUUGUCCUCGGGCCACCGUUCCGGCUCCUGCUCCCCAAGCUCCUCGGUCUCCCUGGCCUGGGAUCUGGAAGAGGAAGGGCCCUGGGAUCAGAUGCCCCUGCCUGAUGGAAACGUCGGUGGCCCCCAAAGUUCCCCCCCCCUGUCCAUCCUGAAGCGGGCUCCCCGGAAGCGCCCGGGCCGAGUGGCCUUCGAUGGCAUCACCGUCUUCUACUUCCCUCGGUGUCAGGGCUUCACCAGUGUGCCCAGCCGUGGCGGCUGCACUCUGGGCAUGGCCCCUCGCCACAGCGCCUGCCGCCGCUUCUCCUUGGCUGAGUUUACACAGGAGCAGGCCCGGGCACGGCACGAGAAGCUCCGCCUACGCUUGAAGGAGGAGAAACUGGAGGUGCUUCGAAGCAAGCUUGCAGAUGCGGGGGUGCCUGAGGUGGAGGCUGGCCUGCCCCUGACAGUGGACACCAUCGAUGACGCCUCCGUGGAUGAGGAGUUGGCGGCGGCUGUGGCAGGUGGCCGGCUGGAGGAAAUGACCUUCCUACAGCCCUACCCAGCCCGGAAGCGGCGGGCCCUGCUGCGUGCCGCCGGCGUGCGGAAGAUCGAUCGGGAGGAGAAGCGGGAGCUGCAGGCUCUGCGCCAGUCCCGGGAGGAUUGUGGCUGUCACUGCGACAGAGUCUGUGACCCUGAGACCUGCAGCUGCAGCCUGGCGGGCAUCAAGUGCCAGAUGGACCACACGGCGUUCCCCUGUGGCUGCUGCAAGGAGGGCUGUGAGAACCCCAAGGGCCGCGUGGAAUUUAAUCAGGCGCGAGUUCAGACCCAUUUUAUCCACACGCUCACCCGCCUGCAGCUGGAGGAGGGGGCUGAGAGCCUUGGAGAGCUGGAGGCUCCUGCCCAGGGUGGCCCCCCCAGCCCCGGUGGGCAGUCCCUGGCUCCCACUUUCCCACUGGCCAAGCCCCCUGUGAGCAGCGAGCUGGGAGACCACAGCUGCAGCAGCGACAUGACUGAUUCCUCCACAGCAUCAGGCACUCACGAGCCCCCCGACGGCCCUGCCCACCCGGCCCUGCCCAGCCCUGGCUUCCAGCCGGGUGUGGAUGAUGAUAGCCUGGAGCGGAUCCUGAGUUUCAGUGACUCUGACCUGGGCGGAGAGGAGGAGGAGGAGGAGGAGGAAGCGGGCCUGGGGAACCUCGACAACCUCAGCUGCUUCCACCUAGGUGAUAUCUUCGGUACCGGGGACCCGGGUGGCCUGGCCAGCUGGACCCACAGCUAUUCCGGCUCUACUCUCACAUCAGGCAUCCUGGAUGAAAAUGCCAACCUGGAUGCCAGCUGUUUCUUAAACGGCAGCCUAGAAGGGUGGGGAGAAGGCGGCCUCCCCGGCACCUCCGUGCCACCUGGCACGGACGCCGGUCAGAGUAAUUCCGUGGACCUCAGCUUGUCUUCCUGUGACUCCUUUGAGCUGCUCCAGGCCCUGCCCGACUACAGUCUGGGGCCUCACUACACCUCUCGGAAGGUGUCUGACAGUCUGGACAACCUGGACGCACCCCACUUUCCCCUACCUGCCUUUUCCCCACCGGCGGACUCCAGUGUUUGCUUCUUGGAAUCCAUCAUGGGCUUGUCUGAGCCAGCUGCCGAGGGCCUGGUUCCCUUCAUGGACAGCCAGUUGUUCGAGGACACUGCCCCGGCGUCACUGGUCGAGCCCGUGCCCGUGUGAGGACUAGGGUGCCUUCUCCCGGCCCCGAAAGCUCUGUUGCUGCUGUCAUAAUUUGGGGGCUCCCCGGGGCCUGUAUGUAGCUGUUUCGUAUUGGCUGGCUCACCCAUGUGGGCACUCCAAAUUUUCAUGCAACACUCUGGAUGGAUUUAUUAUUUAUUUUUGUAACUUUCUGUGCUGAAGAGAAAGUGGGAGGGGGCUUUCCCCUGUAGCCGCCUGGCCCCCGGUGCCCACAGUCUCCUACUUCCAUGGAGCUUGCCAGGGAGAGGAGGGCAUGAUGUUUCUUAGCCCAAAGACUGUGAGACAGGGCUGGCAACAUGCACCUCUCCAGGCUUCUGCCACCCUGAGCCCUAGCCCCUCUGGGUGGCUGAAUCCUCUGGACUGUGAAGACUAUAAUUUAUUUCCAUAAUUUAUUUGGAGACUAGGUGGCUUAGGCUUCUCACCCUGGCCGGUAGGCAACGUUGAGGGCGGGGCGGGGCGGGGCACAGUCCCCCAUCCCUUCUGCCUUGUAGCCCCGCCCUGCCUGGCCUCGGGUCUAGGCCAGGUGUGGAUUCGAGCCCUGUGUCUCCUCUGGCAGCUGCCUGGCUCUGGAUGGCUGAGCGGCAGAGGCUAGCCCAGGACUGUGUCUGAGCAGGGGAGGGACCGGGCUGACCAACCGUGACCAAAACCCUCUUCUGACCCGCUCAGCCCCCUCCACUUCCUGUCCUCUGCCCCAUCUCUCCCUUCCUGCAAGGGCCACAGCCUCCGUUCGGGGCCCUUCGGUGUAGGAAGGGGAAGCGGGAGGCCUAGAGAGAGCAAGGGGCUUGCCUCAGGGCCGGCCCACAGCAUGCCCCUGAGGACGAUCCCGGGGCUUUCUGGGCACCGCGCUCCGGCCUGGCCCACCUGCCUGUGCCCUCAGGCCAGCUGGCCAGGGCAAGGGGUGGUGCCUUAUGGCUUUUAUGCCUGUUGGCUGAGGUUGACUUUUGCAUCCUAAUUUCUAUAUUGUCUCUGAAUAUUUGAACUAUAAUUUAUUCAUUUUUCUCUGUGUCUGUGCCAAGAAGCCCGGGCUCUGGGCCUGCCCUCUUGCCCAGGAGGCCUUGCCAGCCUGUGUGCUUGUGGGAACACCUUGUACCUGAACUUAACAGGUACCAAUAA